GUUUUUUGCAGAUUAUGAAAUACCUAAUCUCCAGAAAGACAAAAUCUCACAAAUUGUCAUCUGGGUUGUGGAUGAUAUUGAACGACCAGAUAUAGAUUCCUGUGGAACUCAUACAGUAAAGAUACUAGAAAACAGGCUGAAAACCCUUGGUUAUGAUGUCACCUGCACUGACAAUUACAAGCCUGUAAUGUUCUUACUCUGCCUGGAUUAUCCUGAUGAUUCUAAGUGUACCCUUUCAUCAUCUGCACCAGCAGCACAAAGAGGACCUGUAUCUUCAGGCAGAGGAGGCAGCUGGAACAAGCUCAUGUUUGUUUCUUUUGUAGGCUUUUUGUUCAGAUUUGCUUUAGUGUACUAAGUUAAUCAUCAACUGAAUCCAUAUCCUCUGCCUUAGCUGGCUAUAAAUUUGGCUUUAACUAAUUUCUAACUGCAAUUUCACCCUAGUUCUGGGACUGGCAAAC